AUGUCGCUCGACCGGAGCUUCUCCACCUCCGCAGCGCUCUCGCGCCUCCUAGCUCGCUGCCCCGCGCUCGCCGCCGACUCGCGCCUGCUCGCCCUCGCGUCCGCGCCAGCCGCGCCCGCCGCCGACGACGUCGCCGCCGCGCUUGCCGAGCCGCUACUCCACCCGCGAUACACCCUCCCCAUCAUCGGCUGCUUCCUCCCGCUCGCGCCCGUACUCCUCGAACGCGCCUCCGCGCUCCUCCGCACCGCUGGAACCGCCCUCCUUGUCGACAGCACCGCCAGCCAGGAGGAGGCCGGGGAGGGGGAUACCCGCGUCGUCGAGUUCUACCUCUCCAGGGGUAGGGGCUUGCGGCUGCACGAGCUCGCCUGCCUCGCGCUCUCCCGCGCCCUCGACCUCGCCCCCUACUUGCUCCGAUAUGUAUUAAACUACUUCAAGUUUUCUCCACCACCAUUCCAAAGACUUGUGUGCACAGGUGUUCCAUCAACGAUUCCUACCAAGGGACUACAUCUCUUCCUUGAUGCCACACGAGUAUCAUAUCGCUUUCUAGAAUUGGAACCCAGAGUAUUUUGUGAGCAAUGGGACUGGUCUUGCUUCUUAGACCUUGUAGAUACUACAGCUGAUUACCUUUUACCUGAUGACCCACUUUACAGUGUUGGGUUAGACUUUAGAUGGUGUUCAAUACAAAUACUCAUGGUGGUUCUCAAAGCAAGUGAUAGGGGUAUUGCAAGUUUUGGUCUCCACGCAGAUGCUGCAUUUACAUGUCUACUGAGAUGGAAGGAGUAUUGCAUGGAUACUUCCUUAGAGAAAGCCUCUUUAUAUCUGCAAACUCAAGAGACCAAUUCUAACAUUGAUGUCACUUAUUUGGCUGAUACCUUGUCGGAUUGGCCAGCGGUUACAAUGGGGAAGGAGCAUACCAUUGGAAGUUCGUUUGUGCUCACUGCCACAAUGAGGAAGAGUUAUGAGGUAGCUCUGGUGGCAGUUAGCCAGAGGUGGCCCGUGCUUCUCUAUGGUCCUGUUGGAGCAGGAAAAACUGCAUUGAUUAACAAAUUGGCACAGAAUCGUGGAAAUCGAGUGCUUUUUAUCCACAUGGACGAGCAAAUGGAUGGCAGGACCUUAAUAGGAAGUUACAUAUGCACGGAAGUACCUGGAGAAUUCAAGUGGGCCCCUGGUUCUCUCACACAGGCCAUUGUGAAAGGAUUUUGGAUUGUGUUUGAAGACAUCGACAAGGCACCCACUGAUGUGCAGUCAGUCUUACUGCCUUUAUUGGAAGGUUCAAGCUCUUUCUCGAUUGGGCACGCAGAGGUAGUUGAAGUUGCUGAGAGCUUCCGUUUAUUUGCUACAGUCACCACAUCAAAGCAUGAUGUUUCACAUGCCCUGGAAGGAAGAUUAACCUAUAGUGCACUGUGGAGAAAAGUGAUGCUGGGAGAACCUAACCGGGAAGACAUGAUUAAUAUAGUUAAUGGAUGCUACCCAAGCUUGGAGCCCAUCUCCUCUAAGCUCAUAGAUACCUUUGAAAAGGUCAACUCUCUGGUUUCUUAUCAGUUUGGUGGGCUUAACUUAGCUGGAGGUUUAUCUGAUGGCAUUCUGCACAGAUUUUCAUUAAGGGACCUGCUCAAAUGGUGCAAGAGAAUAGCGGGCGUUGAUCUCAGCUUUGAGGGCCUGGGAUUUGCAUCUAGUGACUGUAAAUUCAUAUACAACGAGGCUGCUGAUAUUUUUGCUGCUUCUCUAUCAUCUCCGGAGAAAAGGCUAUAUGUAGCAAGAGAAAUUGCUAGAAUAUUAGGUGUUCCUCAUCUAGCAGAAACCAUGCAACCUACAGACAAGCCCAUUAUCCAGGCUCGACACACUGACUUGCAAGUUGGCAGAGUUACGCUGCAGUGCGUUGUCAAACCGGCGUUGAUUCAAAAGGGGCCUUUUGCUGAUAUUCGCCAUGCAUUAGAAGUUCUUGAGAGGGUUGCAUGUUCAAUAAAGUUUAAUGAGCCUGUUCUUCUUGUUGGUGAAACUGGGACGGGGAAGACUACACUUGUGCAAAAUCUUGCUACUUGGCUUAAACGGCCAUUGACUGUGGUGAACUUAAGCCAGCAAAGUGAUAUAUCGGAUCUCCUCGGUGGGUUUAAGCCGACAGAUGCUCGGUCAAUAUGCUAUCCUCUUUAUGUGGAGUUCAAGGAUCUUUUUUGUCGAAGUUUUUCUGUGAAGGAAAAUCAAGCUGUAUUACGUAAAUAUGAUUCGUAUGUAAUGGAGAAGAAUUGGAUGAAGGUACUACGUAGUUUGGCAAAAUGUGCUGGCGGAAUUCAGCAGCUACUUGAAGGAAGUUCCAAGGUCAGCGUUGGUUUAAAGAGAAAAAGGCAGCUGCCUUCCCAAGACAAAGUUCAGCAGCUAGUUGAAGAUAGUUACAAAGUCAGCGUCGGUUCCAAGAGGAAGAGGCAGCUGCCUUCCCAAGUUAUAUCUGACUGGAGCUCCCUUUCUUCCAGGCUAAAUGCUGCUUAUACCCAAAUUGGUUCAGCCGCUGGCAUGUCGUUUCAGUUUGUGGAGGGUGCUUUUGUCUCAGCUAUAAGAAACGGUGAUUGGAUUUUGCUUGAUGAAGUUAACCUUGCACCUCCAGAGACUCUCCAAAGAAUCGGUGCAGUACUGGAUGGAGAGAUGGGCACAUUGUGCCUGGCCGAAAGGGGUGAUGUGGAUUAUAUUGAACGCCAUCCUAGCUUCCGUAUGUUUGCUUGUAUGAAUCCAGCAACUGAUGCUGGGAAAAGAGAGUUGCCAUACACGUUUAGGAGCAGAUUUACAGAAUGCUUUGUUGAUGAUCUUAUGGAUGACGACGAUCUCCGUCUUUUUGUCAGUAAGUAUCUGGAUGGUCUGCAUGCUGCUAAAGGAGUUAUAGAUAACAUUGUUCGUUUUUAUAAAGCAGCAAAAAAGGAAGCUGAAGAGAAGCUGCAGGAUGGAGCUAAUCAGAAGCCCCAAUUUACUCUGAGAUCUCUUUCUCGUGCACUAGGUUAUGUAAAAACCGCAGAGAAAAUAUUUGGCUUCAGGAAAUCUCUUUAUGAUGGCUUCUGUAUGUUCUUUCUUACAAUGCUGGAUGUCCCUAGUGCAAAAAUCAUUAAAAACUUAAUAGUAUCUCUUUUAUUAAAUGGAAGAGUGCCACCAAGCAUUUCUUUUGCUGAUUACUUUGUAGAAAAAUCUAAGCAACUGGAUGUUUCGGAAACAGAUGAUUUUUUGUGCAGCUAUGUGUUAACCAGCAGUGUUACUGAGCACAUAGUUAACCUUGCCCGUGCUGUUUACAUAAAAAAAUAUCCUGUACUCCUCCAAGGUCCAACAUCAAGUGGCAAAACUAGCCUGGUGAGGUAUCUUGCUGCAAAAACUGGCCAUGAAUUUGUCCGCAUCAACAAUCAUGAGCAUACUGAUCUUCAAGAAUAUCUUGGUACGUAUGUCACCGACAGUCAUGGGAAGCUUCAGUUUCAGGAGGGUGCUUUGGUGAAGGCUGUUCGUGAGGGGCAUUGGAUAGUGUUGGAUGAGCUAAAUCUUGCACCUUCAGAUGUCUUGGAAGCUUUAAAUAGGCUGUUAGAUGACAACAGGGAGCUGUUUGUUCCAGAGCUUCAAGAGACUGUUCCUGCUCAUCCUGACUUUAUGCUUUUUGCUACUCAAAACCCACCUGUGCUUUAUGGGGGACGUAAAAUGCUGUCUAGAGCAUUCCGCAACCGUUUCAUUGAAGUGCAUGUUGAUGAAAUCCCAGAAGAUGAGCUAAUCACAAUUUUGGAGCAGCGGUGUACAGUUGCUCGCAGUUAUGCCACAAAAAUGGUUCAAGUUAUGAAAGACUUGCAAACACAUAGACAAAGCAGUAGAGUGUUUGCUGGCAGACAUGGUUUCAUUACGGCGCGAGAUUUGUUCCGUUGGGCCAAUCGGUACCGAGCAUUCGAGGGGAAGUCAUAUGAAGAUCUGGCUAAGGAUGGCUAUUUACUUCUUGCGGAGAGAUUAAGGGAUGACAAUGAGAAAGUUGUUGUUCAAGAAGCUUUGGAACGCCAACUACGUGUUAAACUCAACAUCCCUGAUUUAUAUAACUCGGAGGGCAUCUAUGGCUAUAACUUAUCUCGUCAUGCUAUAAGACAGAGAGUACAAGAAAGCUUUGGAAAUAUCACUUGGACAAAAAGUAUGUGGAGGCUGUACUUCCUUAUCGAGCGCUGUUACAGGUCACGAGAGCCUGUCCUCCUUGUUGGUGAAACAGGCGGUGGGAAGACAACAGUUUGCCAGGUCCUAAGUGCUGUUCUUGGAGUAAAGUUACAUAUUCUGAACUGCCAUCAGUAUACUGAGACUUCAGACUUCAUUGGGGGAUUUUGUCCUAUACGUGAUAGGUCGAGAAUAGCCCUCGAGUUUAAACAUCUUAUUUCAAGAAUGAUGGAAAUGAAAAUUUUCAUUCAUAUUGCAGGAGAUGUGACACUUCCCUCUGAUAUAUCUGGAGCUGCUAGUGUCAUAAAUCAUAUAAAUGGAAUACUUGAUAGAUACCGAAAAGAAAAGGAACUAUUUCCAGACGUGCAACCUCAAGAGCUUAAUGACAUGGACGAAAUUAAGUUGAAAUUGAUGCAUCUCCACCAGAAUUGGCAGACAAUUUUUCUUUGGCAGGAUGGGCCACUUGUGCAAGCAAUGAAGAAUGGAGAUCUUUUCCUUAUUGACGAAAUUUCUUUGGCUGAUGACAGUGUACUUGAACGAUUGAACAGUGUUUUGGAACCUGAAAGAAAAUUGUCACUGGCUGAGAAAGGAGGUUCUGAGCUAGAGACGAUUGUGGCACAUCCAAACUUUUUUAUUCUUGCAACAAUGAAUCCAGGUGGUGACUAUGGGAAAAAAGAGCUUUCUCCGGCACUAAGAAAUCGAUUCACAGAACUCUGGGUUCCUGCUGUCACAGAUGUUGAUGAACUUAAGAGCAUAGCUAUAGAUAAGUUCAGCAAAGCCGAGCUCUCUUGCUUUGGAGAUUGCAUCGUUAAUUUCUGGAAGUGGUUUAACCAAUUGCAGACCGGAAGAAUUCUCACCAUACGAGAUCUUUUAUCCUGGAUUUCAUUUAUCAAUGUGACAGAGAGAAUUCUUGGACCAGAGCAAGCUUUAAUACAUGGUCUGUUCCUUACAUUGCUUGAUGGGCUCGCAUUGGGAAUGAAUUUUUCUAAAUCUGAGGCUACAGAGUUAAGAAGGACUUGCCUGUCUUUGCUUCUAGAAGAGCUGCAGAAGGUUGAGGGGAAGCCAUUGAACUCGGACUUGAAUGAUCUAAAGAAUUAUGGGUGGGGUGAUGGUAUAAGAGAAGUUUAUAUUGAUUAUAAUCAUACAGAUCAGUUUGGCAUUGCACCCUUUUAUAUUCCUAAAGGUCAGUUGGUGUGUGAGCAGGAGGGGUUUGAAUUCACGGCACCUACUCCCAGUAAGAAUGUUUUGCGGGUAUUGCGUGCCAUGCAACUACCAAAACCUCUUCUGUUAGAAGGUAGCCCUGGAGUUGGAAAAACAAGCUUAAUUGUGUCAUUAGCUAAAUAUUCUGGUCAUAAAGUUGUACGAAUAAACCUAUCGGAGCAGACAGAUAUGAUGGAUCUUUUAGGUUCAGAUUUGCCAGCUGAAGGGGAGAAUGGAAUAGAAUUUGCCUGGUCCGAUGGUAUUCUUCUUCAGGCUUUAAAGAAUGGAAGUUGGGUUUUGUUGGAUGAAAUCAAUCUGGCUUCCCAAUCUGUUCUAGAAGGUCUCAAUGCCAUUUUAGACCACCGGGCAGAGGUAUAUAUACCUGAGCUUGGUCAAACUUACAAAUGUCCACCGUCGUUUCGUAUCUUUGCGUGCCAGAAUCCGUCAUCGCAGGGUGGUGGGCGGAAAGGCCUCCCCAAGUCCUUCCUGAACCGCUUCACCAAGGUUUAUGCUGAUGAAUUAAAUGAAGAAGAUUACUUUUCCAUAUGUAAAUCACUAUAUCCGUUACUCAGUGAAGAUAUCCUCAGAAAUCUGAUUCACUUUAACAAUAGGCUCUUCAUGGAUACCAUGAUACAUCGAAAGUAUGGCCAAGAAGGUUCUCCUUGGGAAUUUAAUCUACGUGAUAUUACUAGGUCUUGUGAGAUCAUAGCACGUUCCCCAGACACUUCAAAGAAUGACUGCUUCUUAAAUACUGUCUACCUUCAGCGAAUGCGAACUGCAACUGACCGCGAUGAAGUUCUCAAGCUCUUUGAAGAAGUGUUUCAAAUAAAGCCCAGCAUUCUUCAGUCGAAAAAGCUCCAUGUCAAUGCUCAUUGCUUAGCUGUUGGAAGUGCGUCUGUUAGAAGAAAUAACUUCCGGUCAUAUGAAGUUCACAGUAACCAACUGAACAUACUUCCUAGUAUUCUUCAUAGCCUUGAAGCUGCUAUCCACUGUAUCCAUCAAGGUUGGUUGUGCAUUCUUGUUGGACAGCACUCAUCUGGAAAAACUUCAUUGAUCCGCUUGCUUGCUCAGCUGUCUGGCAAUACAUUGCAUGAAUUGAAUUUGUCAUCGGCAACCGACGUGUCAGAAUUGCUGGGAUGUUUUGAACAGUAUAACUUCUUUAGGCACUAUAAAGAGGUCAUAUCAAAAGUUGAGCGGUAUGUUGACGAAUAUUUCAGCCUGAGUAUGGAUAUACGCUGGAAGGAGCUCAUUAUGAACAGGAAGGCUUUGUUUGUGAAAUGGUUUGAAUUUGUGGUUGCUAAGAAGUACUCUUCAAUUCGUACUUCCACAUUUAUUGAGAUGAGCAGGAGUGCAUCUUUGCCACCAUUGAGCUUGGUUACUGACAUAGUUGAGCAAAUGAAGUGUGAUCUGGAAAUGUUUGACUUGCCUAUAUCAUUGACCAAACAUGAGCUGACUGAAACACUGAAGUCCAUCUACAGCUUGCAGCAGAAAGAAAACAUAAACCAGCGAGUUAAGUUCGAAUGGGUUGCUGGGGAUUUGAUCAGGGCCAUUGAAUGCGGUGAAUGGGUUGUUCUGGACAAUGCAAAUUUGUGUAACCCUACUGUGCUUGAUAGGAUAAAUUCUUUGGUUGAGAAAGAAAGGUCCAUUGUAGUCAAUGAAUGUGGUCUUGUAGAUGGGAAUCCUGUAGUUCUCGAGGCCCAUCCUAAGUUCCGGAUGUUUCUGACAGUUAAUGCAAAGUAUGGUGAAGUUUCAAGAGCCAUGCGAAACAGAGGAGUGGAGAUCUUUCUGAUGGAGCAAAGUUUGUGCUUGGAUAGAUGCCCCUAUGUCCCUGCGGAUAGUGAGAGGAAGGACGUGAUAAGGUUUUUAAUUUCUUGUGGUAUACCAAGAAUGGAAUUGAUUUCGUCAAUGACUGAAGCACACUUAUAUGCAAAAGCUGCUGGCUUACGUCUUGGGAUAAGUAUCACCCUUCUCGAGAUCACACGAUGGGUUCAACUGUUCCAACAACUUCUUAUUAAAGGAAACCAGCUCCUUUGGAGCCUUCAUCUAAGUUGGGAACACACUUACCUACCGUCGUUGGGUCAAGUUAAUGGAUCUGAUGUUGUAAAGGAGGGAAUAUUAAGGUUUUUGACUAAUUUUAAUGGUUCAGCUGGUUCGCAUUAUGGGUUUUCAUUGUCCUUGCCUGGUGGUUGGCCGAUUGAACACAAACUAAGGGACUUCAUUUGGUACUCAAAAGAAUCAUGUGUUCAAAGAAAUUGCAUGUAUUUACAAUCAUUCGGUGCCAAAUAUGCUGCUUAUCAAAUAAGCAACUUUGAAGGUAGUUCAUCGUUACUGGGACCGAUUAGUAAUAUCCACCCAUCUGUUCUUCCUGCCUCAAGCUUAUCUGCACUGCAAUUUCCAACUUUGCCCAUUCAACAUUUUGUUAAGACUCCUGUAGCUGGGGUAUUCAAUUCAGAAUUAGCUGAUCAGAUGCUUUUCAUAGCUGCAAACUGGGUAAUAGAGCAAUCUACGGAAAGCGAUCUUGAAUUGUAUGGCAUAUGGUUUAAGUGGUAUGAUUGCCUGCUCCAGCCGUACUGCAGCUUCUUUGGAGACUUUGCUAAUAUUCAUAAGCAAUUAAGUGAGCAUCCUAUUUGGCAGAGCAUCCUUGAAUGCUACAGAGAAAUUAUUGCUUAUCACAAGGUUGAUGUCGUUGCUCAUCCUAUUCCGUUGCUGUCGAUGAAAUUGUUAGAUAUGUCAGGUUGUGACACACUUAAAGCUUGCCAAAAACGGCUUCGUAGCGCUCUGAAUGGUUUGAGCUUGCUGUGGCUUACAUUACAGCAAUGGCAAUCUGAGACAACUUUUCCUGAUUAUGGUGUUCUAAAAGCCACUCUAUUGCCGGCAUUGAAGUCCCUCAAAUGCUUGGAGGACGAGGUACUCAAAAUGAUUGUGAAAUCCCGGAAGGUGCAGCAGAUAUACACCCGUCUCCUGGAUUAUCACAAGUCAAUAUGGAAGAUGAUAGUUUCAUCUCAAUUUGAGGGCCUACCAGUUGUUUGGAAUCUUUUGAGGACAGAAAUACUUAAGCUGCAACCAAUACUGCCAAUAGAAGUUGGUGUGUUUUUGAUGGAAAGCGUUAAUCUAAACAAUGUGCAAGAUUUCAAUUUACAAUAUAGCAAACCAACUUUGUGGGUGCAUGGUGGUCAUCCUCUUGUACCAUCAUCUGGCAGCGUCUUCUGCAAAAUUCGAGAAAUUGUAGCAUUUUUUGCAGUUGUUUGGCCAAGGAAGAAUCUUUCAAAGAAACAUCUUGAUGAUAAAGAACAAACAAUUGAUGCCAUGGUGUCAGCCAAUCAGGAUCUUAGACGCCUUGCAUUGGAAGGUCUUGGUAUCGCUUUUCACGCUGCAACUGAUUCUAAGGAAGAGGACUGUGAAGCUGUGGCCCGGUUGGAUGAAAUUCACAAGAUGCUCGUUGAAAAGGUUGACUUUGAAAGGAACAAUCUUGGAUUAUUGUCAAAGACUUCAACUUCUGAAACAAAAAUCUGUUGCUCAGUCUCAUCCAGUAUAUGUAAAACUAAUGGUUUCAGUGGUUGGUUAGCGAGUCUUCCUUUGCUCAACUUGAAGAGCUUGAACUUGGAUACUGCUUUACUUCAAUGCCUAUCCAAGUGCACACAACUAGAUUGUUCUGAAAUCCAUCAGAUCAUUGCGAACUCAGAAGCCCUUCUUAAGUAUGCUAUGGACUACUCAUUGGAGUUAUCGUCAAGGUCUCCUUUGGACUUUGCUCAACAUCAGAUUGUUCGUUGGAUUUAUCAUGCCUGGGCCACAGUUGAUAAUGUCCAUGUAAAAGUUACUAGUUCACUUCUUGAAAUGUGGUACAACUAUCACACGUCUUUGUGGACUUACUGCUCUGGAAGUCCAAAGGCACUGCUCCCUAUUACACAUGAUGAAACCUGUGAUCUAGCACACCUGACAAAAAUGGAUGCCAUCAAUACUAUUAUCCAAGAUGAUUUAUGUGUGAUGGAUUAUCAGAAGAACUGCUUGAUGCUUAGAAUUUCAUCUAGAAACCUUUGGGAAGGUGUCUCUGAUGCGGGAAACUUAGUUAGCGGUCUUUAUUCCUCUGCUGAUUCACUCUUUAAACAGAUCAUAUUUGUCCAUAAGAAGCAUUUCAAGCCAGAAGAGUAUAAGCAGCUAGAGUACAUCCUCUUUGAAAAGUCGGCACAUUGUCUAGAGGAGCAAGGCCUACAAACUGCUUGUGCACUGCUAUCUUCUUCAAGUCAUGGAGUACUGGCUUCACUCUCAGGGCCAGAUAAACUCGUGGGGUCAAUUCUUCUGGAGUUGUACUCAUUGCACUCACAUGACUCCUUAUUGCAUCUCGGGGCUGCUUGGGUGUAUAUUGGCCAGUUGCGGUUCCAGUUAUUGUUGAGCUCAUACAAUCCAGAUCCUACAUUCAUAUCUGCUUUUAUGCAUUCUCAGAUUCUGGAAAAGAUUUCGUUCCUUGAUCUCAAGGGACAGGUACGCCGUGAAUGUGAAGAAUUGGCUGGCUCAAGCUCAGUAGAAGAUGGUCAUGCUCAACAGUUAAUACAAGAGCUGAAAACUAAAGAGAAGAACAUCCGGUCAAAGGUUGUAUUUCGGCCUCAACAGUCUAAGCACAAGAGUUUGAUUGCAGCGUGCUCUGAGUUUGAGGAACGGUUGUCUGACUGCAAGGAUCUAUUAUUUCAUUUAGACUGCAAAGGAGCUGGGCAAUUGGAGUUUGAUAGAAUCUUCAAUUGGCAGAUAACAUCAGGAAACUUUGUCAAGAGGCUAACAGAAGAGUAUGGGGAAUAUGUUGAUUUGAUUCAACCAGUGCAAGUCGCAGUAUACGAAAUGAAACUUGGCUUGGCAAUUGCUCUAUCCGGUUCACUUGAGAGAGAAUAUUUGAAGAAGGUCAAAGAAGAUGAUAUCGAAAGGGUUCUGGGUGCAGUUUUUGCCUUUAUGCAGUUUCCCUAUGGAUCUGUUGCUGGAAUGGCCUUAGUGGGCAUUCCAGAUUUAACAAAUUAUUCAAUGGGUGAUCAGUUGGAAACUCAAUACAGUGAGUUUGCUGAUGUACACAUAAUGGAGAAGUUAUCUCGUGCGUCAAGUCAGUUAGAAGUUGGUGAAGUUGCAGACAAAGUGAGAUCCCAUUCUCAGAUGCUAGUAUCAUUUCAUCAUGUUUCUUUAGUACGAACAACGUACCGUGUCUGUCAUUCCCUUAUCAUGGAUAAAACUUCUUAUCUGUCUUUGAAGGAGAUCUUCGACUAUUUUAAAAGCAUGUGGAUCGAUAUGAAGUCUAGUGUGAAGGCUAGGGAAAUUGAUGAUUCUCAAUAUUACAAGUUCAGGUCCCGUAUCAUUGAUAUAGAGGACAUUUUUAAAGGAGAUGUGCCUUCACUUUCAGAAAUGGACUCUGCUGGUCUAGAUAAUGAAGAAAAAUUAGAGCUUGAGUUUUUCAAAAUUACGGAGAGAAGUGACAUGGAUGAUGGUUUUGUUGAAGACAAAUGGGAUCUUGUUCCAGAGUCUGCUUUGAAAUGUAUUAUAUUCACACAUAACCAAUUGUUUGGAUCCCCUGACCUUAUUGAAAAGCCUGAAAAAUUCCAAAUAAGUGAUCAGCAGAAACUUCAGUCUUUCGUAGACUCCUACGAUUUUGGUGCAAGAAUACUGAAAGGCCUGCCUGAAUUGACGUCUUCAAAACUUGAUGAGAAGCUCAUGCCUGAGCAUUUACUUCGUGUUUGUCUGGAAUAUCCACGAACUUGUGCAGCCGCUCUUGACAGCAAUAGUUAUAACGCUUACAAGGAUCCAAAUCCUCCUGUGCUGUUCAAAAUGGUUGAGCCACUAACUGCACUUCAAGAGAAUAUCAGGUCCUUUCUAGAUGAGUGGCCCGAUCAUCCAGGCCUACUGAAAAUAUUGGAGAUAAUUGCUUCCCUUCUGGCAAUGCCCCUGAGCACCCCAGUUUCAAAGGCCUUACUUGGAUUGCAACUGUUGGCCGGGAAAGCUCAAACAUUGCAGGAAAAUGACUCCAAGUUCUUUCUAAAAGAUAAUCUUCCACCAAUAUUUAUGCUUCUGUCUUCAAUGCAAAGGCUUGAGUUAGAAUGUUGGCCUAUACUGCUUGAAGAUGUCCAGGGAAAAUAUGAAACUAAUGCUGCAAAGCUAUGGUUUCCGUUACGAGCCUUGCUUUCUCAGUCUUGUGACAUUCCAAGGAAUGACGAUUCAUCUAUAAUCAAGAGCGUCGAGGAGUUUGUUCAAACGUCAAAUGUUGGAGAAUUCAAGACACGCUUGCAUCUCCUCCUUGCAUUCCAUGGUGAAUUUUCUGAUGGUGCUAGUGUGGGUGUUUAUUUAAGUACUCCUGUGAAGAAAAUCCAGAACAUUCUGUACAACGUGUUUGGUUACUACAUGCAGUUUUUGUCACUUGUUUGUCGGCAAAUCGAGGCUGGUAAAGAAUCAAUUGAAAAGGAGUUGAAAGAUCAGGUCAAGCUUUAUCGAUGGGAGCAAGAUCCAUACACUCUUGCUUCAAUUGAUAAUUUCAAGAGGACGAGGCACAAAAUAUUUAAACUUCUGCAACGGUUCAAUGAUAUUUUGCAAAAACCUUUCAUUGCCCUACUGAAUGAAGAGGCUACAUCAAGAAAAGUCCCAACUUGGCUUGAUCCUGAGAUACCAGAAUCACAGUUUCCUGUUGACACAGAGAAACUUAGAGAAAGGUUUUUGUGGUAUAGCAAAUGGAAAAGUCAUGCUUCUGUGUCAUUGCAAACUUUAUUGAAUGCAAAUGGUACUGCUGCUACAGUUCUUAACGUGAAAGAAUCUGUGUAUGCCGUUGUGCACAAUAUGAACCACCAACAAGAUGAAACUGAUCUCAACGACAGAUUGAAAUUCUUCUGGUAUGCACUUGAGAGAAUUUGCAAUGCGGCUGAUUUUGGUUCUAUACUGAAGCAUGGUAAAAAGAACCAGAAGAAAACCGCUUUAUCCAGUUUGUUCAAGACACUCGAGGAAUGUGGACUCUCAAAGCACAGGCCAAUGGGUCAUGAGUGGGGAAACGAGUUGGAUGCACCAAGCCCGUUGUUUUUGGAGCAGUCAUAUAACGUAACACAUUUGCUCCAACAAGUGACCACACAGAAAACAUGUGAAGAUGUUAGCAUUCAUUCUGCAAUAUUGGGCACAAAUAAUUGGAAGCUUGCAAAUCAGCAGUACUUCAGAUGCUUGUCAACGGUGCAGCAACUUCGACAAAUAUCCUUGAAAUUUAACAAAGAUCUAGGUUUAGAGGAGGUUAAUAGGGCUACAUCCUUUAUGAACCAUUUAUUGACCAUGCUAUGUGAACAAAGACAUGUUGCUUAUGAUCUAUUUGAGCAGCUGAACCAGUUCCGGCAUAUGAUCUUCUUGUUAGGUUCAGGAGGGAAGAGCGAAUCUCUAUCAUCAUGCCAAAAUGUACUGGUAAUUUCCAUGUGGCAGCAAAAGCAAUUUUUUGACAGUAUGCUAGCUAUGGUUACGGAUACCAACUUGUUGCUCAGAACCUUCAAAGGUUGUCAUCAUGCCGCUUGUGACAACUUUGAAGUAGAAAUUGCUGAGAUGUCUAUUCUUUUUGAGAAGUUCAUUACAAGAUUUUCUGCAUCCAAGGAUCUAUUAGACAAAUUCCUACUUGGAUCCAACAAUAUCGUUGCUGGUGCCCAUAAAAAUAUGCCUGUUGCUACAGUAGAGAUGGAGCAACUUGUUGCUGCGAAUGUCCAGCUUAUCAACACAUUUAGAGAGGAUAUGCAGGUCUUAUGCCGCCAAGAUGUUUCGAUGAGAUCUGUGAAGAAAGUUAUACUCUCUCGCUUCGAAGAGUUACUGGACAAGGGGAAGAUAGCAGCAGCGAGUUUCUCUAGAGAAGCUGUGUUCUCUGAUGAACAAAAGCCUGAAGAAUCAUAUACUGAAGCUUUUAAGGAAACUUUCACACUAGCUCUCAGUGUUGUAGAACAGCUCACUGGUCUUGGGGUAUCCACUGAUGGAACUAAAGAAUCAUCACUAGAAGGAAAUAUUACUUCCUGGAAAGAUAUUUUGCAUUCAUAUGUCAUGAAUCUUCAAAUGGACCAUGUCCGUGAUGCUGGUGAAAAACUUUCUGUUUUAGUGAGGAAGCUAGUAGACUAUAAACCUGAGAUGCGUUCUACAACAGAGGUGCAGUUAAUGCAUCUUCAUGUUUUGCUGGGUGUGAUCAUGUCAUCAGCUGAAGGCAUACUUUCUGAACUUCUGGAAGCUCAUAGAAGAACAUCUGAAAUGACUCAUGCACUUGGGGACCUUUUAAUUUAUCUAUGUGCGGAGGGGUUUGGUUGCACAGAAGAUACAGCUGAAGAUUCUUCAGAUGGACAAAAUGACGCAACAGUAACUGGAACUGGCAUGGGUGAGGGUGAAGGUCAAGAGAGUGCAAGCUCUAAAAUAGAUGAUAUAUCACAACUUGAGGGCACCAAUGAAAUGCAGGACACUCAGUGUAAGGCAGAUCAAACUCCUAAGGAUGAUGAUAAUGCGAUUGAAAUGGAAGGAGAUUUUGCUGCUGAAUUAGCUGAUGUUUCUGAGGAUGAAGGCAAUGACUCGGGCAGUGAGGACGAAGACAACUUGGAUAAGCAGAUGGGUGACACUGGUGAUGCAAGCGAAAUGGUUGGCAAGAAAUCUUGGGACAAGGACGAAGAUGAUGAUUCUAAAACAUCCGCUGAGAAGUAUGAGUCAGGUUCAUCAGCCAAGGGGACAGAUGAGAAUGAUAGGGAACUGCGAGCUAAGGACGACUCUUCCAUGGAGACAGAUAACAUGGAGACAGAUAAUAAUGAGCAAGGCAAGAAUAAUAAUAUGGAGGAUGAACGUAGUACUUGUGAGGAUACUGAUGAGAAUACUGAUGAUGUAAUGAACAAAGCUGAUGCAUAUGAUGAGCGAACAGGACCUGAACUCUCUGAACCAGACAAAGAUUCCGAGGAUGUCAACAUGGACGAAGCAGAACAAACCGAUGACAUGGAUGCUGACAUUCCCGACAAUGAAGAUAUCAACCCAGAAGAGGGGAAGCAAGAAGACGAGCCUGCAGUUGCCUCAGACAUCAUGGAGGAUGGUGAUGAAACACAUGAUGGUGAUAAUGUGGUCGAUAAUGAAGGGGAUCAUCUUGAAGAUGGAAAUGUGGAGUCAAAUAACAUGGAGAAUCAACAGUUGGACAAAAUUGAGUCACUUGCACACCCUUCACAAGGUAUACAACCCAACCAUGUGGAAACAGACUCUAACAGAGAGUCUGAAGCAAACUUGGCGAACAGCAUGGACAUGAGCAGUGCAGUUGCUCCUUCUGUUGAUUUUUCAAGCAAUGAAGUGCCUAGUCUGGAAAUUUCUAUACCCAACUCUGGUGAAGGUUCAAAAUUGUUGUCCAACUCCAAGCCAGAGCUGCCGACUGAUGCUCCACCAUCACACAUCAAGCAGACAAAUCCAUUCAGGAGCAUUGGAGAUGCAAUGGAGGACUGGAAAGAACGGGCAAAAGUCUCAGCCGAUACCCAGGAUCAUCAACCAGAAACCGAACAUCAUGUUGAUGAUGAGAGUGCUACUGAAUUUCGUUAUGUACCAGAGGGUGAACAGAGCACCUCUCAAGCACUGGGUGAUGCAACAGCUGACCAAACCAAUGAUGAGCUCCAAGUCAGGCAAUCUAACUUGGAAGAUGAAACCCAAGUCCAGAAAGUGGAACUACCUGAUGAGAGGAUACCUGGAGAUGAUAACCCUGAAAUAUCCCAUCUUCAAACUUCGCAAUCACGUGCCAACAAGUCCGAAAGUGCUUACAGAUCGGAAGUAACAGAUGCAUCCAUUCAGGAUAUGGUUCAAGGUGAAACAGAUGACACUUUUGGAGAUGUUGUCUCAUUCAAGCGACAUCCGGUAGAUGACAGGAUAGUUCAACUGGAUGACCUAAUCAGUGACAGGGAGAUGUCUGCUCAGAUGGAUCUGGACGUCACUAAUGAAGAAACACAAAGGACUAUUGUGGAUUGGAGAAAUCUUGAACUGUCUACCAUGAAGUUGUCCCAAGAACUGGCUGAGCAGUUGCGCCUUGUCAUGGAACCAACUCUCGCAAGCAAGCUUCAAGGAGAUUACAGAACUGGAAAGAGAAUAAACAUGAAGAAGGUUAUUCCAUAUAUUGCAAGCCAUUUCCGCAGGGACAAGAUAUGGUUACGACGAACUAAACCCAAUAAACGGAAUUACCAGGUGGUAAUUGCUGUGGAUGACUCACGAAGCAUGUCGGAGGGCAAGUGUGGAAAAGUUGCUAUUGAAGCAUUAGUUACAGUUUGCCUGGCCAUGUCGCAGCUUGAGGUUGGGCAGUUUGCGGUUGCAAGUUUCGGGAAAAGAGGGAAUGUUAAAGUGUUGCAUGAUUUUGAUCAGAUCUUCAAUGCAGAAGCUGGAGUCAAGAUGAUCUCUAGUCUGUCCUUUGACCAAGACAACAAAAUUGAUGAUCAACCAGUUGCUGAUCUCUUGAUGCAUCUGAAUACAAUGCUUGAUGCGGCUGUGGCAAGGUCUCGCACGCCAUCCGGGCAAAACCCACUUCAGCAACUCAUACUUGUAAUAUCCGAUGGCAAGUUCCAUGAAAAGGAAAAUUUAAGGCGCUGUAUCAGGAACGUUCUAAACAGAAGGAGAAUGAUUGCAUAUGUACUCCUAGACAGUCAUGAGGAAUCUAUUAUGGAGACACUGGAAGUGUGCUACAAAGGAGCCGAAGUAAUCCUGGGAAAAUACAUGGACUCAUUUCCGUUCCCCUACUAUGUUACGCUGAAGAACAUUGAAGCGCUUCCUCGCACAUUGGCUGAUUUGCUUAGACAGUGGUUUGAGCUGAUGCAGAGCGCGAAUGAAUGAUCUUUGGAGACGUCAGCUUGUCAAAUUGCUCUAGUGGUCCAAAUCCCCAGUUCUUUGUACUAAAUAUACCACAUUUUGUUAGCUUGUUCUACUUUUUAGUUUUUACACUUGGGACAAAUUCAUGUAAUAACCUACAUAUUUUUGGUGCUACUUUUUUUAAUGUGGAAAUACCACUGUUUCCAAAUAUACUGUUUCUGUGUAUCUGCUUUUUGAAACAAGGAAAAAAACUUUGCCUUA